CCCACCUGCGGGGGCGCUCCGCGGUAUAACAGCAGCCCGCGCUCCCGGCGCCACACUGUUUGUUUCCGGGUGUAGGUGAGCAGUGUGAGUGGAGACAGCGUGAGUUUGUGUUCAUUUACUUUUUUACUGGCGCAUUUAACGGCUCCACCAUGGAUAUUCGACCAAACCACACAAUUUACAUCAACAAUAUAAAUGAUAAAGUCAAGAAAGAAGAGCUGAAGCGCUCGCUCUACGCACUCUUGUCUCAGUUCGGGCAGAUCAUUGACAUCGUGGCCAUGAAGACCAUGAGGAUGAGGGGACAGGCCUUCGUCGUCUUCAAAGAGCUUGCUGCUGCCACCAAUGCACUCAGGCAACUGCAGGGCUUUCCCUUCUACAACAAGCCAAUGAGGAUACAGUAUGCAAAGACAGAUUCUGAGGUCAUCACCAAGAUGAAGGGCAGCCAUGGAGACAAAGAGAAGAGGAAAGAGAAGAAGAAGAAGCCUCAGGAGCCAGCGGCUAACCUUGCCAAGAAACCGGCAGUGGGAUCUGUGGUGCCGGUGCUCGCCCCUGUGGUACAGGUGCCAGACAACCCACCAAACUACAUCCUGUUCCUCAGCAACCUUCCUGAGGAGACCAAUGAGAUGAUGCUCUCCAUGCUGUUCAACCAGUUUCCUGGCUUCAAGGAGGUGCGGCUCGUCCCGGGGAAACACGAUAUUGCCUUUGUGGAGUUUGAGAGCGACACGCAGGCGGGCGUGGCCAAAGACGCCCUGCAGGGCUUCAGAAUCACUGCCACCUGCGCCAUGAAGGUCACGUAUGCCAAGAAGUAGUGGACCGUCCUCUGCCUCGUCACAUUACCUGCAUCCUGCAGAGACUUGAUUAGAUGUUCGUUUUUGUUUUUUUUCUAUUUUGUGUUUGUCGUCUUCAGUGGUGGAGAAAAAAACUCCGGCUUUCAUCUUAUUUUGUAAAAUAAAAGCUUUUUACAUGA